AUGAUUGAUGGAGCAGAUGAUGCGAGCGAGGAGUAUGUUAUGAUGGCGCCCAUGUAUCCAGAUGGAAAUAUGUUUGAGUAUGAAGAGAUGAGCACGGAGCCAAGGAAGUACAGAAUUCCCACUAAACGGCCGGUGAGGAUAUACUGUGACGGUGUGUAUGAUUUGUUUCAUUAUGGGCAUGCAAGAAGUCUCAAGCAAGCGAAGAAUUUGUUUCCAAAUGUUCAUUUGCUUGUUGGAGUGACUGACGAUGACAUAACAGUGAGGCUGAAGGGGAAUCUCGUGAUGGAUGAGAAUGAGCGUGCAGAAGGGCUGUACCACUGCAGAUAUGUCGAUGAGGUGAUAACCAGUGCGCCUUGGGUUCUGACUAUGGACUUUUUGAAGAAGCACAGGAUUGACUUUGUUGCACAUGACGAUGUUCCAUACAAGGGAGAAGGGAUGGACGACAUAUACAAGUUUGUGAAGGAUCUUGGGAUGUUUUUGCCGAUCCGAAGGACGCUUGGCGUGAGCACGAGCGGAAUCAUAGCAAGCAUAGUAAGGAACUACGACAUGUAUGUGCGAAGGAAUCUUGAGAGGGGGAUGCCUGCAAAGGAGCUGAAUGUUUCGUAUCUGCAGGUAAAAAGGAUGAGGAUGAGCAAGAAGAUGGAUGAGAUAAUCAAGAAUGUCGAUAUACAGAAGGAGCUCGAUGACAUCAGAUGGGAGAUCAAGGUUGCAAUGAAGUAUUGGGAGAAGAUAUCGAAUGAGGUCAUUUCUGGAUUUAUCGAUAGCUUUUACCACAACAAGGCAUCUAACAAGUUUCUUAAUCGUUUAGUUGGGUUUGUAAAGCACAAGAAGGUGUGCCCUGUUGUUUCGUAA